AUGUUCUUCGUCGUCGAGCAGAAGAUGGUUCCGACGUACUUGUACUCGCGCACGAAAUCGAUCCCCUCGCCGUUCACGGUCACGCGCACCAAACGCCGUGGGAUGGGCCCAAACAUCAUUGCCUUUGUCUUUCCCGCAUUGAUGAUCAUGAAGUUGUCUGCGCACCAUCUGGCGAAGGCAUCGACAAUGAUCUGCAACGCUGCGAGCGUCUUAGCCAACAGUGCGACGUCGUCGGCCUGCUCAACGUGGGAGACCCCCACUCCAUUCAGGCGUACCACGUCCGGCAGCGGCGGGAUGGCGAUGUCCGAGAAGUAG